AUGCCGGCCGCCAACACUACUAGUAUACUCCCACACCCCCCGAUCCACCCCACCCCACCAAGCGUUGUCCCACUCCACCCACCCCCGUCUAAAAAAAUCCACCUCCGAUCCAGAUCCCCUCCACCUUCACCUCCGAUCCAGAUCCCCUCCUCCUCCUCCCGCGGACGCACGGCGCGCCAGUCGCCUUCUUCCGCGACCUCGCGUCCCCGUCCCGUCCCACCGCGGCGGCCCCCACUUCGCCUCUCCCGCGGCCGCCCUGCCCUCCGCACGCCACCGUUGUCGCGGCGUCGCCCCACACCCGCCCGGCCGCACCCACCUCCGGAGCAGGAGGAUGCCCGAGCUGACCAGGAGGACACCCUUCUGCACCUCGGCCACCACACAAGGUUAACACCUGGAGAGGCUCGAGCUAUGAGCAGCGAGCUGUUCCUACUGUCGCCGGAUGCUCCAGCGGCAAAACCUCCGUCGACGAAGGCAAUGCCCGCUUGUUCGCCCCCUUCAGCCGCUCAGAUCCCGACGUCAAUAAGGACAUUACACUGGCAGAUUAGCGUAAUUUUUCCUUUUCAUUUUUCUUAUUAUUGGAGUGAGGAUGUUAGAAUGAGGAACUGUAUGAUAGUAGAUACGGCAACAGUGUAAUAGUAUAAUCAGGAAUAACGACAUUUCCAUCACUAUUGUGUUUUCUUGAAUUGUAUGCAUAAAAUGGAAUUUGUUGAUUUUUUUAA